AUGGCCUCCUCCAGUGCUUUGAGAACAGUGCUAAAAACAAAGAUUUCACUCAAAACUGGACGCAUGUGUUAUUCCUCCUCCUCAGUACCAACCAUUAAGCUUUUCAUUGAUGGAAAGUUCAUCGACUCCAAGACUUCCGAAUGGCUGGAUAUUCACAACCCGGCCACUAAUGAGGUGAUCGCCCGUGUGCCUAAAGCCACACAGGAGGAGAUGGUCGCAGCUGUGGACUCCUGCUCCAGAGCGUUCCACACAUGGUCCGAAACCUCCAUCUUGGCGAGACAACAAGUGUUUCUGCGAUACCAGCAACUCAUCAAAGACAACACAAAAGAGUUGGCCAAAAGCAUCACGUAUGAGCAGGGGAAGACUCUGGCAGAUGCAGAGGGCGAUGUCUUCAGAGGAUUACAGGUAGUGGAGCAUGCCUGCAGCAUCACCUCUCUGAUGCUGGGUGAGACUCUCCCUUCCAUCACCAAAGACAUGGACACGUUCACCUAUCGCCUUCCUCUGGGGGUCUGUGCUGGGAUUGCUCCUUUCAACUUCCCCGCAAUGAUCCCUCUGUGGAUGUUCCCCAUGGGGCUGGUGUGCGGCAACACGUACCUGCUCAAGCCGUCCGAGCGAGUCCCUUCCUGCUCCAUGCUUCUCGCCAAGAUGUUCCAGGACGCCGGCGCCCCAGAUGGGACGCUGAACAUCAUCCACGGUCAACAUGAUGCCGUAAACUUUAUCUGUGACCAUCUAGCGAUUAAAGCCAUCAGCUUUGUUGGCUCAAACCAAGCUGGAGAAUAUAUCUAUGAGAGAGGAUCCAAAAAUGGCAAGAGAGUCCAGUCCAACAUGGGUGCUAAGAACCACGGUGUGGUAAUGCCAGAUGCCAACAAGGAGAACACCCUGAAUCAGCUUGUGGGCGCUGCCUUCGGUGCUGCUGGUCAGCGCUGCAUGGCCCUGUCCACCGCCAUCCUGGUGGGAGAAGCCCGCAGCUGGCUCCCGGAGCUGGUGGAGCGUGCUAAGAGCCUACGGGUAAACGCAGGAGACCAACCUGGUGCAGAUGUAGGACCUCUGAUCUCCCCCCAGUCCAAGGCCAGAGUCUGCAGCCUGAUCCAGAGCGGGUUGGAAGAGGGAGCAGACAUUCUUUUGGAUGGUCGAGAUGUGAAGGUCAACGGUUAUGAGAACGGCAAUUUUGUGGGACCAACCAUCAUCAGCAAUGUCACACCCAAGAUGAAGUGCUACACUGAGGAGAUCUUUGGUCCGGUGUUGGUCGUUCUUGAGGCUGAAACUCUGGAUGAUGCCAUCGGAAUGGUCAAUGGGAAUCCUUACGGGAACGGGACGGCUAUUUUCACCACCAACGGCGCCACUGCACGCAAAUACACUCAUGAUGUGGAUGUGGGCCAGGUGGGAGUAAAUGUUCCGAUCCCGGUUCCACUGCCCAUGUUCUCCUUCACUGGUUCUCGAGGAUCCUUCAGAGGUGACAUGAACUUUUAUGGAAAACAGGGAAUCCACUUCUACACACAGAUCAAAACUGUCACUUCACAAUGGAAAGCUGAAGAUGCUACUCUCAAAAGUCCUGCAGUUACCAUGCCAACAAUUGGACGCUAA